GAAAUUUAUUUUUAACUACAAACUUUUAACUUAUCUGUACAUAUUUAGACUUCCCCGCACAGAGGGACCCUCCUACGUCAUUUGCAACAAAACGAGGCAUGGCUGCGGAAGGCGAGAAGAAACCGGUUCUGGAGAUGGUCCAGGCCGAUGGAGCAGAUGACGGCUGUGUGACGUUUGUGAUGCAUGAGGAGGACCAUACACUUGGAAACUCCUUACGUUACAUGAUCAUGAAGAAUCCUGAGGUGGACUUUUGUGGCUACACGAUCACACAUCCUUCAGAGACUAAGAUCAACUUUCGUAUCCAGACUCGAGGAAAUAUCACGGCCACAGAAUCGUUUCGACAGGGCCUGACUGAUCUGAGUGAAGCUUGUCAACAUGUUCUCAACACUUUUCAGGUAAACUGAUUUUUGGCUAUUUUUAACCACUACAUAAGAUAAACCUGUUAUCAGAAUUGGAGUAGUAACUGAUUCGUUUACAGCAAAAACAUGAGCCUCGAGUGUAGUUUUCAUCAAAUCAUGUUGAAUCUGUUCCUAGGAAUGCUAUGUAAUCUUAUUACCAUGACCAGCUAUGCACAUUAUACGGUAUAUGCCAGGACAUUUAUUGCUCUUCUAGAGUAAAACUGAGAAAGCCAUCGUGGUCAGUUAUAGUGCAUAUAGCAAAAAAUUUUCAAAUAAAGCCAAGUCUAUCAGCAAACUAUGUUCAAAUUUUAUGCAUUCAUAAGGUGAAGGCUUUAAUAUAAGUCCUUGUGGGUUUUUUACCUCUUCCUGCAUCGACUUUUUUAAUCUAGUUUUAUAUGUUAUAUAAGUGCAAAACAACAACAGCAACACCAGCAACCUGCUAACGUAAAUCUGGGUAGUUAAUAUUGCAAGUUGUCUUUAGGAAACUGCAGCUUGUUCCAUGUAGACAUAUACCGUAGUAGUCUAGUCAUU